AUGAUUAAGAGAUAGCUUGGUGGCAUGCUACAAGAAUAUUUGGAUUACUAAUCAUCUUAGAUUGCAGAUAUUCCUCCAGCAAAUUCAUAAAAUAAGAAUAACCAGAAGAAGAACAAGCAGUAUAUGUAAGAUUACAAAAAAGCACUCAUAAUCGAUGAGAAUCUAUAAAAAUUUGAUUUAAUAGGAGUUAAUGAUGAUACUUUAGAUUCUUAAUUUAUGGCUAGCAUUCCACUUUAGGAAGAUCAUUUUCAACUUCUCAACUCAGAAAAUACGCCUUAAGUUCAAAGAGCUUCGUCCUCUACUUACUAUGAUCCUAAAAAAAGACAGCAAAAAUCAUCAAUCAUCCUUAAAGAUGAAUCUAUCAAGCAUUAGAAGGAAACCCCUAAUAGCCAGCAAAACACUGCAAGAAACGGUUUUAUCUCAAGGACUAAACUUAAUUAUGGGACUUAGUUUUCUAGCAAUACAAAUAAUAAUCAUCAUCACUAGCAACAGAAAUAUCAGCCUCCUAAUCAAAGCAAACAAAACAUAAACUCAUACUAGCAUUAUCAAGCUAUGAAAAUCACUACUACCUAUGCAGGAGUUAAGCAGACUUACUAGAUGAAGCUAGCUAACCAGCCAAAGUAUCACAUGAGAUAGUAACCUAAGUUUGUCUAGACAAGACCUUUCCUUUAGUAACAAAAGAAUUCUUCAUAACAUAAUUUACACAGUAAUCAGCAGUAUAUAGACUACGGAAGAGUCUAGAACUUGAAUAGUAACAAUUAUAACAAUGGCCAUCAAAGAUCUUAGAAAUCAUAAACUUAUGGAUUAAAUUCAAACUUUAGUGGAGGCUAAAAUCAAAACCAUAUCAAUAAGUACUAUAAUUAGUAGUAGACCUUUUAGUAAUAGUUUAUGGAACAACAAUAGUAGAAUAUGUAUAAUAGGGAUCAAAUUGGAAGUAGAUAGUUUAGUGAGCAAUAAAAUUUAGAGGAUCCACUUAUAUUGAGCAACAGCAUUUAUUCUUAAGAUAAUAACAAUAACUAUCAUAAUUAAUACUUGAUUUCCUCUGCAUAGAAUAGUCAUAAUUAUCACAGUAAUGCAGUCAAACCUCCCAAGUAAGGUCAAUUCUUGUCAGAAAAUAAUAAGAAGAGGUUGAUUCAUAAGAUACAGAUUUAGUAGGACUUUGACUUAAAGCCCUAAAAUCUUGUGCUUUCAUUGAGUGGGAACAAGCAAAGCGCGAUGCAAAUUAGAGCAAACAAGAUAACAUUAUCACCUGAGAGAAAAUAUCAUAACUUCUCUACCACCAAUAACAAGCAAAUGAAUUUACCUUAGAUUUAGAAGACAACUAAUACUUAUGCUAAUAAUAAAAUCUCAGCACCUAAGCAACCAAUGUCUGAAUUAAAGGCACCAGUUACCCGAAAUCAUAUGAGAAGUGCUAAUAAUUCCAACAAGUUCGUUUAAUUGCCCAAUAUUAUAAAGUGA